AUGGCAACGGUCGUUGAGAACCGAGACGGCCAGACCAUCUAUCGGUCUCCCAAUACCAUUGACCUUCCCAAGGUCGAUCUACUUACGUUCCUCUUCGAUUCACCAAACGAGAGGCUUCGAGAUGGGACAAUCCUCCACGCCGACGCGGCGGAUCCGUCUAGGUCAAUCACAAAGUUGGGCCUGGUGAAGACUUUUAAGCAACUCGCACACACCCUUCGGCAUCAAUAUAACAUCAACAAGGGUGACGUUGUCCAAGUCAUAUUUACCGGUCACUACAUGGCCCCUGCCGUCUUCUAUGGCAUCAUGGCCGCGGGAGGUUCGGUCGCCGCAUCUACCCCGUCUUCGUCACCCCCAGAAAUCGCACGACAGAUCACCUUGACCGAGAGCAAGAUGGUGAUUUGCAGCCCCGACCUUAAAGCUCUCGCUGCUGCCGGCGGCACUGCUGCUGGUUUGCCAGACGACCGCAUCCUCUACAUCGGCGACAGCCAUGAGUUCCGGCUCUUUGAGGCCAAGUCCGACAAGCAAGUAUCUCUGUCGGGAGAGGAGCUUGACUGGGAACGCGUCACGGAUCAAACGACUCUAGAGAACACUGUUGGUUGCUUCAUCUAUAGCAGUGGCACCACGGGCAUCCCGAAGGCAGUCAAGAUAUCCCACGCAAAUAUGAUCGCUCAAACCAUGUUGAUCUCCACGCCGACCAUAGAGUACUAUAAAACCCGCCCCGGCAUGGAGUAUAUCACUCUCGCCCACUUGCCUGCAGCUCAUAUCUCCGGUCUUCAGGCCUAUAUUGUCAACCAAACUUACAUGGGAGGCAUAGUCUACUGGAUGAAGAAGUUCAACUUUGUAGAGUUCAUCGAGUACGCCAAGAAGUACAAGAUUACGGCCUUCUUCAGCGUGCCUCCCAUCUAUCUCAUGAUUGCAAAGUCCCCACUCGUCAAGGACCAUUUUGACAGCGUGGAAUUUGCAUUAACGGGAGCGGCCGCACUCGGGAGGGAAACCCAGGCAGAGGCGCAGAAGAAGAUGGGAAAGGGCAAGGCGGUUCUUGGCCAAACGUGGGGCCUCAGUGAGACGACAGGCGGGUUUACAAUACUACCCCGGCACCUCACGGAUGAAACCGGCAGUGUCUCGAUGAUUGUAGCAAACUGCGAAGCCCGGUUGGUCGACGACGAGGGCAAGGAUGUUGAGGUUGGGCAGCCUGGUGAGAUGUGGUGCCGUGGCCCGAUCAUCACCAAAGGGUAUUACAAGAACGGCAAGGCAAACCAGGAAGCAUUUGUCAACGGAUGGUUCUGUACUGGAGAUAGGUUAUCCUUUAAGGAUGGGAAGUUCUAUUUCGUGGAUCGCAAAAAGGAGCUCAUCAAGUACAAGGGCUUUCAAGUAGCUCCGGCUGAGCUCGAGUCUCUGCUAGUCACGCAUCCGAAGAUUCAGGAUGCUGCUGUCAUUGGUAUAGAAGGCGAAGGCACCGAGCUUCCAAGGGCUUACGUCGUCGCCGACAAGAAUCAAAUUUCUGCUGAGGAUAUUCAAAAAUGGGUAGCUGAACAAGUUGCGAGUUACAAGAAACUGCGCGGAGGCGUCGUCUUCAUUGACGCCAUACCCAAGAGCGCAUCUGGCAAAAUUCUUCGCAAAGACCUGAGGUCAUUGGUGAAGCGCGGGGCCGGUGCAAAAUUGUAA